GGCAAGGGGCGGGGCCAGAGCCGGCGGGGCGGAGCUUCAGCUGACAGGAGGCGGGGAGGCUCCCCGGCGCCCGCGGCGCGUCCAUCCCGGGGUGGCUUGCGGGGUGUCGAGACCCGGGAGAGCGGCGGGGUCCGGGUGUGGAGAGCUCGGCGUGGCGUGGCGCGGUGUGGGGACGCGCGGAGGGCGCGCGCGGGAGGGCCCCACCUCGGUUGGCUCUCUCCCCGCUCCGCCCCCGGACGGCCGCGAGGCGCGCGCCUCUCCUCGCACCCCCUUAACCCCGGGUCCCCACGCUCGGCUGGCUAGCCGAAGCUGCUGAGGUCGUGUGUGCGGGCACUGCCAAAUGGUUCCGGGUUUAGGGUUCACAGGUCAGAGUUGACUCCCUGAAAAGUGCAUUCGGUUUGAAAUGCAAGAUGGCGGCGGCGGCGGGGCGCUGAGAGGCGCGGCGGCGCCUGCAGGAUCCUGUGGACCUGUUUGUAAGGAUGGCCUGAGCUAGACGUCUCCUGAUUUAAAGGGAUAUCCUCCCAUUUCAAAGAACAGGAUGCUCAAGAAGCUAUGGCAAGUGAUUGGACUUGUGCUUCAAAAAUUUCAACAGUUCAGCAGUAUUUUAUCUUCCAGUAAUACACUCUUUACUUGAUUGCACCAUGAAAACGCUGCUAUUGAGACUUGUUGAGCACAAAAAUGGACUUGAAGAACCAAAAGUCAUUGUUUUCAAAUGAAGAAUAUUGAAUAGUUUCAAGCCUCAAUGCUUUUGAAUCACCACUGAGAUUCCCCCAUAAUCAGGAUGGCAAGCAGGCGAAAGUCAACAACACCGUGCAUGGUCCUUGCCAGUGAACAGGAUCCUGACCUUGAACUGACCUCGGAUGUGGAUGAGGGGCCCCCUGUCCUCACACCUAUAGAAAACACCAGACCAGAGAGCAUCUCAAGUGAGGAAGAAGUCCAUGAAUCUGCAGAUUCUGACAAUCAGCAAAGUAAGAAAGUGGAAGGCGGCUAUGAAUGUAAAUAUUGUACUUUUCAAACUCCAGACCUAAAUAUGUUUACUUUCCAUGUGGAUUCAGAGCAUCCCAAUGUAGUGCUAAAUUCAUCCUAUGUUUGUGUUGAAUGCAAUUUCCUUACCAAAAGGUAUGAUGCACUUUCUGAGCAUAAUCUGAAAUAUCACCCUGGAGAAGAUAAUUUUAAGUUGACUAUGGUGAAACGUAACAACCAGACAAUCUUUGAGCAAACAAUAAAUGAUCUGACUUUUGAUGGUAGUUUUGUUAAAGAGGAGAAUGCGGAACAAGCAGAAUCUACAGAGGUUUCUUCUUCGGGCAUAUCUAUCAGUAAAACUCCCAUCAUGAAAAUGAUGAAAAAUAAGGUGGAGAGCAAGCGAAUUGCAGUCCAUCACGAUUCGGCGGAGGGCGCUCCCGAAGAGAAAGAGAAUGAAGUCAAGCCGAACCAUGAAGAAAUUGUGGAAAACCCAAGCUCUUCAGCGUCUGAAUCUAACACCAGUACUUCUGUUGUGAACAGAGUGCAUCCGAGUACUGCCAGCACCAUGGUGACCCCAGCAGCAGUUCUGCCUGGGUUAGCACAGGUGAUCACUGCAGUGUCUGCUCAGCAGAAUUCUAACUUGAUUCCCAAAGUCUUAAUCCCUGUUAAUAGCAUCCCCACCUACCAUGCCGCUUUGGACAACAAUCCCCUCUUGCUGAACACCUACAACAAAUUCCCUUAUCCGACAAUGUCAGAAAUUACAGUUCUCUCUGCUCAAGCAAAAUACACAGAGGAACAGAUCAAGAUAUGGUUUUCAGCACAGCGUCUAAAACAUGGUGUUAGUUGGACUCCUGAGGAAGUGGAGGAGGCAAGAAGAAAGCAGUUCAAUGGGACAGUGCAUACUGUACCUCAGACCAUAACUGUUAUUCCUACACACGUUUCCACAGGGAGUAAUGGCUUGCCAUCUAUUUUACAGACAUGCCAGAUAGUUGGUCAGCCAGGCCUGGUUCUCACCCAAGUGGCUGGAACAAAUACUUUGCCGGUAACAGCACCUAUAGCCUUGACAGUGGCCGGGGUUCCAAAUCAAACGAAUGUACAGAAAAGUCAGGUGCCCGCCGCUCAGCCUGCCGCAGAAACAAAGCCUGCAACAGCAGCAGUUCCCACUUCUCAAAACCCCAAACAGGAGGCUGCGUUGGUCAACCCUGAUUCAUUUGGCAUUCGGGCCAAAAAAACGAAGGAACAGUUGGCAGAAUUAAAAGUCAGCUACCUGAAAAAUCAGUUUCCCCAUGACUCAGAAAUCAGCAGACUUAUGAGAAUAACAGGCCUAACAAAAGGAGAGAUUAAAAAAUGGUUUAGCGACACCAGGUACAACCAGAGGAAUUCCAAGAGUAACCAGUGCUUACAUCUCAACAAUGAUUCCUCCGGCACCAUCGUUAUAGACUCGAGCGAUGAAACCACAGAGUCGCCCGCCGUCGCCACCUCACAGCAGAAGCAGUCCUGGAACCCUUUUCCUGACUUCACACCCCAAAAGUUCAAAGAGAAAACUGCAGAGCAACUUCGCCUCCUUCAGGCAAGUUUUCUCAACAGCUCCGUACUGACAGAUGAAGAAUUAAAUAGGUUACGAGCGCAAACCAAGCUAACGAGAAGAGAAAUCGACGCGUGGUUUACAGAGAAGAAGAAAUCAAAAGCUUUAAAGGAAGAGAAGGUAGAUGUAGAAGAAAACAAUGCGGGCAGUUCCAAAGAAGAAGCCGGAGAAACUUCUCCUGGAGAUGAAUCCGUUGCCCCUAAGUCAGGGAGUACAGGCAAGAUAUGUAAAAAAACCCCUGAGCAGUUGCACUUGCUGAAAAGUGCCUUUGUCCGGACGCAAUGGCCCUCAGCCGAGGAGUAUGACAAGUUGGCGGAAGAAAGUGGACUUGCUAGAACAGACAUCGUUAGCUGGUUUGGAGACACCCGCUAUGCUUGGAAAAACGGAAACUUGAAAUGGUACUACUACUAUCAGAGCUCCAAUUCCAGCGGUUUGAAUGGCCUGUCUUCCCUUCGGAAAAGAGGGAGGGGGAGGCCCAAAGGACGGGGAAGAGGAAGACCCCGAGGGCGGCCCAGAGGAGGCAAGAGAAUUAACAACUGGGACAGGGGACCGUCACUUAUAAAAUUUAAAACUGGAACUGCAAUACUUAAGGAUUAUUACCUGAAGCACAAAUUUCUGAAUGAACAAGACCUGGAUGAGCUGGUUAACAGAUCGCACAUGGGCUACGAGCAGGUCCGAGAGUGGUUUGCGGAAAGGCAGAGGAGAUCAGAGUUAGGAAUGGAGUUGUUUGAGGAAAAUGAGGAGGAGGAGGAAGCUGCGGAUGAUCAGGAUCUGGAGGAUGACGAAGAAACAGAUGACAGUGACACGUGGGAGCCUCCCCGGCACGUGAAGCGGAAGCUUUCUAAGUCGGAUGACUGAAAUCUGCCUAAAACAUGGAAGGAGAAUCAAUUCUUCAGCUCAAGAUGUCUGAUUAACUGUGAAUGGGCUAAGUCUUUGAUGACACUGAAAACGUUUUGGGACAUGCAGAUUCUCAAAACACAGGAUCCAAUAUCCAAAAGUAAUGGAACUUAACCUUGUGCCAAAGUUAAACUAUUGCAGUUGGCGGAAGUUCUGCAAUGUAAAUAGAACACUAAUUAAAAAACUUGUAAAAAAAAAAGUCAAGUUUUAAUACAUUUUUAUUCUGAUACAAUGGAGACAUUCUAAAUCUUAGACUUUCUGAGGGGUUUCAUGACCACUGGAGCUUGCCCUCCUCCUUGGUCCAGCUUACUACUGUGUGUCUGGUAAGAUGGGCUUUGUUGCCUGGAUAUGUCUUUGAUAUGUGAUUAAACUUGCAGCUUUGAGUGACCAAACGUUUUAUGGAGUAAAAGUUGCUAGAAAUGGGGUGGGGGGAAAGAAUUGAAUUAUGAUUUAUUUCUGUGUCUCUUAUUUAUCAGGCCCUGCAUUGGGAUUAGAAAUUGUGCAUGGGCUUAUACAACUUAAAGUCUAAGAACAACCUAUUAAAUUAUAUUGAAGCAGUAAGAUUUGGGGAGCUCAUUGGCUCUUGAUGAUUGGAUCUUUCAUGAAACACAUUCAUGAAUACCACUAUUUCCAUUUGUAAUACUUCUUUUACUUUUUUCAUUAGAAGCUGAAUUGCUUUUUAUUAAACUGAAGAUAAUGUCGAAGAAUGAAAAGAAACUGGCGUAAGAAUUUGGAUAGGGUGAAACUGAAAUGAAUACUGUACCAAAAAUGUGAAGAAAUAAUCAUAUAGUAAAUACGUGAUUUCCUUACAAUCAUAUGGAAAGCAGAAGUAUGCAUACAGGUGUCAAUUCAAAACUUCCAAGAAUGAUAUCUUUAUGAAAUUCUGCUUUGCAUAACAAUGUCUAUGAAUAGAAAUUCUGAACUGGUCAUAAUAAGUUAAGUUAGCUUGAUGCUUUGAAUCAUGGGAAUGUUAGCCGUUACCUGUCACUGUGUCAGGAGAUUGAAUGCUCAGGCUCACUGAGAAAUUCUGCCAAGACCGGUGCUGUUCAUUCAUGCUGAGAAGGACCUCUGUUUUGUGAUCAUAGGACCAUUUUGCAAAAUGUACUUUCUUCACAGAAGAAACGCUCAGUUUAAUUAGCUCUGGCUUUUAAAAUGUUUUUUCUGAAUGAUCAGAUGUAGUAGGCUUGGCCAGUUUAUAUAAUCUAAUUUAAUUAAUAAUAAAUGUUCAGCUCUUGGUUAAAUGUUUGUCACCUAAUUAAAAUGUUACAAAAAAGCCUUGAGUAUGCAUGCUGCUUUCAUUUAGAUAAACUUUUUAUUUUUAACUAUAGCUUUAUUAGUAAUUCCAAAAUGCUGCAGUUUAGCUGAGUUCUCCACUCAAACAGCUGGCUUUGUGGGUGGCUCUUUUCAUACUACUGUUAACUUUUUAAUAAAAAGAAGAGACAACAUAAAGACUGUAAUAAUUGAAUGCACUAAGCUGUUUUUCUUUUACACAUUUAAAGACUUCUUAAAGCACUAUGUAUUAUACUGAUUAAAUUGCUCCCUUUUCUAAAC